AGUCGUAUCCUGGACACCGUUGGGGUGAGUUGCUGCUCGCUCUCCGCCCUCGACUGGUUAUUUAGAAGAUAAUCGAUAUUAAUUACCCUUAACCAGCACUAUGGCUUCAUCGGUGGCCAAGAACUUUUAUGAGUUGAGUGCUAAAGCUUUGUCUGAACAUUUGUAACGUGCCAAUGAUAGAAGUAAACUUUCGUCGGGUUGAGAAUCGAGGCAGUUUCUUGGCAGUUUACAAAGGGUGGAGGAAGUUGAAGACCUUGCUUACCUUAAAACCUCGCUCACUGGGUCUGUCCCUGUACCUGUCUAGCUGGGUCUGUCCCUGUACCUGUCUAGCUGGGUCUGUCGCUGCACCUACCUCACCGGCUACCUUCUCCCAUCUGGCGUAAGACUGCCGGUGCACCGCAGGAUCUAUUGUCUGCAAAUGCUUCUUUUCCACAGGUGAGAUGGUAUCGUUCAAGAAGUACCGGGGGAAGGUGGUACUAGUGCAGAACACCGCGUCUCUCUGAGGCACGACAACCCAGGACUUCGUCCAGAUGAACGAACUGAUUGACAAGUUCGGUAGCGAUCUGGCAGUUCUGGCUUUCCCCUGCAACCAGUUUGGUCACCAGGAGAACACCACUGAGAAAGAGCUCCUCAGUACCCUGAAGCAUGUUCGUCCAGGCAACAACUACGUCCCCAAGAUGGACUUGUUCUGCAAAGUUGACGUCAAUGGCGAGACUGCGGAUCCAAUUUUCAAGUACCUCAAGGAGAAGCUUCCUUUGCCAUCUGACGACAGUGUGAGCUUCAUGCGUGACCCCAAGUGUAUCAUCUGGAAUCCUGUCACACGUUCAGAUAUUGCCUGGAACUUUGAGAAGUUUCUCAUUGGCAAAGAUGGUUUGCCACACAAAAGGUUCAGCAAAAAAUUUCCAACACGUCAGCUUGAGGAAGACAUCAAACAGCUGUUAAAGAAGUGAAUGACUUAACAGAAUACCAACGAAACGUCUUGCUAAUCGCUCGACAUGUGCUAAUUUUCUGGGUACCUUUUAUGAAGGGCGUCCCACAAACACAUGUUGAGGGGACGUCCGGAUGGCCUAGUGGACCCUGGUGGUGACUGUCAUGUGGUUAGCAAGACCUACCUCCCUACCUACCUAGACUGGGGCUCAUAUGGCCUGGUGUCGUCGCAGCCCUGUAACCAACAGUGUUAAAUGUUUACAUUGAUGGCCUCUAGUACAAUUUCGGCUUUGUAAAUUUAUAUUUGUAAUAAAAAGAAAUGUAUACAUAA